AUGUGUCAGGGAAGUAGCCGAUAAAGUGGCUAAACUUAUCGCAGAAACAACUAAUCAGUGUAUAGUUUCUCCUUCCAAAGGUUUUGGCGCCCGGCCUUCCGACUGUGGUGAAUUGAGAAAAUCAGAAAAGAAAAGUGGAGUCUAUAAGAUAUACCCAGAUGGCAGUUCCGGUUUCAACGUCUUUUGUGAUAUGAAGAGUUUCGGGGGUGGUUGGACGUUAUUCCAACGAAGAACAAAUGGUUUUGUUGGCUUUUACAGAGACUGGGAGUCGUAUAAAAAUGGUUUUGGGAAUUUAAAAGAAGAUUUCUGGUUGGGGAAUGAAUAUUUGAACAAAAUGACAGAACAAGGAUAUUACAAACUAAGAAUAGAUAUGUGGGACUUUGAUAAUAACCAUCGAUAUGCCAUCUACAAUACAUUUGUUGUUAAGAACGAGAGGUCAGGAUACAAGCUGGAGGUAACAGGUUACACCGGAAACGCAGGUGAUUCAUUCGGCAUUCAUAAUGGAUAUAAAUUUACUACAAGGGACAGAGAUAAUGAUGUUUACCCUCAUAACUGUGCUGAGAUGUUUAAGGGAGGAUGGUGGUAUAGUGCUUGUCUUAGCUCAAAUCUUAACGGAAUGUACCUAAAGGGAAAACACAGUGGUCUUGCUAUUGGUAUCAAUUGGAAACAUUGGAAAGGACAUAACUAUUCAUUGAAGGCAACACGUAUGAUGAUUCGGAGAGCCUAGCAAUAAAUUAUCUAU